AUGGCGACCAAAGAAGACGUGAUGCUCUCUGACUUCAAAGGCGACAACCAGUUGAUGCCUACUCAGACGACUCAAGAAGGACAUAUAUUGCCUGUGGCACCCGCAGAGUCAAAGCGUGUGUUGAGAAAGAUUGAUAUGUGCAUGAUCCCUCUGAUGGGCUUCUGUUACAUGCUGCAAUACAUGGACAAGUUGGCCCUCAGUUCCUCGACUCUUUUGGGAUUGCUGGAGGAUCUGCAUCUUACGGGACAUCAAUACUCCUGGUGUUCGGCUGUCUUCUACUUCGGCUACCUUGCAUGGAGUUGGCCCAGUUCAUAUCUUGCCGUCCGAUUGCCCAUCGGGAAGUACUUGGCUGUUUCAGUAUUCCUGUGGGGUGGAAUCCUGAUGUGCCACGGUGCCUGCCAGAACUUUGCAGGGCUGAUGGCUGCACGGUUCUUUCUCGGUGUCGGAGAGGCGGCCAUCGCCCCUGGCUUCGCCUUGAUCACGGGCAUGUUCUACACCCGUAAAGAACAGCCAUUGAGACAGGGUGCUUGGUGGGUAGGCAAUGCCAUCGCCAACGUCAUCGGUGGUGUUGUCGCGCACGGGAUCGGCCAGAUCACGACAUCGCCUAUCCAGCAGUGGCGGUUGCUUUUCCUGAUCCUGGGAGCCGUUACUUCAGCCUAUGCUUUCGUUCUAUACCUUUUUCUUCCAGAUUCACCUACCAAAGCCGCCUUUCUGGAUGAAAAGCAACGCCAAGUGGCAUUGCAGCGUACCAUUGAGAACAAGACGGGUCUUCUGGACAACGAUACCUUUGUGGCAACCCAGAUCGUCGAUGCCUUGUGCGAUCCGCAGUUAUGGCUUCUGGUCCUAUACACCGUCUCAGUCAAUCUGGCAAAUGGCGGCUUGACAAGUUUCAGCUCCAUCGUCAUCGCAGGGUUUGGGUUUACGGAUCUCAAAGCCCUCCUGAUUCAGAUGCCCGUGGGUGCAUCUCAACUCGUCUUCCUCAUCCUGACUUCGGGCCUGGCUUCCAUCAUCCCGUCAUCCCGACUUGGGCUCAUGAUCUUCAACACGAUCACUGCGAUGGUGGGCAUGAUCAUGGUGUACGAGUUGGAAGGUCGCGCCGGCCGUAUGGCUGGGCUGUGCCUGGCCGCCGUCUUUGCUUGCAACAUUCCCCUAUCUUUGAGUUUGAUCAGCUCUAACGUCGGCGGCUUCACCAAGCGAUCCGUCGCCAGUGCAACUCUGUUUGUCGCUUAUUGUGUCGGCAACAUUAUUGGCCCGCAAUUCUUCCUAGCCAGCCAGAAACCAAGGUAUCAAACUGGUCUCAAAGCCUCUCUUUCCGGGCUGGCUUUAGGAGCUGCAUUUCUUGUCUGUCUUCUGGUAUACUACAUCUGGGAAAAUCGACGGAGAGAUAGGCUCCAUGGUCCAAGCCGAAGGAUGAGUCUGGACGAAGAGUUGCGAGAAGAUCUCUCGGGCAAGACGGAUCGUGAGCUGAUCGAUUUCCGCUAUGUGAUCUGAGUCUGCGUUUGCGAGGCCAAGUCAAAACCGAAGAUAGGCGUGUCAAGCCAGCCGAGGUCUGAAGGGUGCUCAGACCCUUGUACUGUCUCUAAUUGUGCAUGGUCGAUCGAUCCUGCCUGACCCUGGAUUUGAUUGCUGCCAUGUACCGUGUGGUUCGGGAAGCCUUUCAGUAGAGGGAUGUAGAUGACUUUCCGUCGUAUAUGGCCGCUUGGUCCAAGAUCGAUACAUGUUUAAUGAGGCUAGUCUUUGUCAGCCGACCGAGUAAGCUGAUGCAAUCGGGCCGGAUAUGUCGAAAGCAUUUGACCAGUUCUUAGCGAAAUCUAUACUUGCAGACAUGGGCAUGGCCAAUUCAUGAUUCUGCCCUCCCUCGAGUAAUCGUGGUGGCAGACCUCCCGGGUCAGGGAAAAGAGCCUGAGCGCGCAGAAGAUGGCUGCGGAUCCAUUCACGAUGA